AAAUGUGCCAAUAACUUAAAUUAAAAUUUGUUAGUGCUAGCAUAGUCAAAAUAGACUUUUUUUUAAUAUAAAAAAUAAUUUUAUUUUAGUUUUCAUUCCUCUUCUAUCUUGAGAAAGUGAGCCAGCACAUAAAGCCAGAGCACAAACAACCUCAAACAUUCUUUCUCUUGCACUAGCUAAGAGCAGCUGCAGACAAAGGAGGUGAAUUCUCUCCCACAUCUCUCUCUCUCUCUUUCUGAAGUCAUCACUUGCUUUUAUUUCCUUUUCUUCUCAAUUUAUGGAUGCUGCUUCAUGGCCACAGGUAGGGAUAUUUGCAGGAUGUUAAACUGGUAAAACCCAUGGAAGAAAUAUCAUCAAAUGCAUGCACGAGGCCUGUGUUAGAGAGAAAAGCAAGGCCUCAAGAACAAUUGAACUGUCCAAGAUGUAAUUCGACCAACACCAAAUUUUGUUACUACAACAACUAUAGUCUCACUCAACCAAGAUACUUCUGCAAGACUUGUAGAAGGUACUGGACAGAAGGAGGAUCUCUCAGAAAUGUUCCCGUUGGUGGAGGUUCUAGGAAGAACAAAAGAUCUGCAUCAUCAUCAUCAUCAUCAUCGGCUGCAGUGUCAUCAUCAUCAUCUGCUUCAUCUAAGCUCCCUGAUCUAAACCCACCUAGCCUCUCACAGUUUUCUUCUCCAAACCCUAAGACCCAUGAAGGCCAAGAUCUCAAUCUUGCAUUCCCAGCUAUACAAGAGAAUCAAGGUAUAUCUCAUUUUCUUGAAGUACCCAAAACUGAAAACAACAAUAACAGUCAACAUAACUCUUCUUCUUCUCCUUCUUCUUCUCCCUAUACUUCAUCUCCUCUUUCAGCUCUGGAGCUGCUGAGAACUGGAAUUGAUUCUAGGGGUUUGAAUUCUUUCAUCCCUACAUUAAUGCCAGAAUCAAACACACUGUAUUCUUCUGGUUUCCCUAUGCAAGAAUUCAAGCCAACACUCAGUUUUUCUGUUGAGGGACUUGGCAGUAGAUAUGGAGUUCAAGAGAAUGGAGGAAGAACAUUGUUUCCUUUUGGAGAGAUGAAACAGCUAUCAAGCACAACGGAAGUCGAUCAAAAUAAGGGACAAGGGACUUCUUCCAAUGGAUAUUGGAACGGAAUGUUUGGUGGAGGUGGAGGAUCAUGGUAAAGAAAGAAAGAAGAAAGACAAGGGGACCAAGAAACUACUUUAUCUUGUUUCUUUUUUUCACUUUUUUCAUUAUAUUGUCGGUCACUGGUUGAAAGUUGUUCAGGACUAACAGAUCAUAGGAUUCUUCUUUUUUAUUACUGUGUUUGAGCAGUGUAAAAAUUAUUGAAGCUCAUUUGGUUUGGCUUCAGAAGGGUUUCAUUUACACACGUAAAAUGGUGCGAAAGAUAGAAGAAGAUGUGAAUAUAAGUCUGGGUUUUUCCCAGCAUGGACUGUAUUCAUAGAUUCUUCUAUCAGGAUUAGGGCACCACAGUGUUGUAUGCGUUUCCAGAAUUGGCUCUGUUUUAUUUUUGUUUAUGCAGUGCGAGAUUAUUAAUAUCAAAGUUCAAUCAUCCUA